CCAAAAAUUCCCUCCCUUCCCUCGUUUUCUUCUUUCUCUUCCAAACCCUCGUUUUCUCUCUCUACUUUCUCUCUCUACAACCCCCAAACCCCCAUUUUCCCCCUCAUAAACCCUAAAUUCACCUCAAUUUCUCACAAUUCACUCAUCUCUCUUCCUCAAUUCCACACAAUUUCCUUCAAUGUCUGAACAUCGACCUCCAAAUCGCACGGCGGCGUCUCCACCGGUGCCGGCGCCGCUUUCCGGCGCCAGAAGUGGACAGAUCCUGCAUCCGAUGAGACGUCACUUGCCGUUCUCCUCGACUAAACCGCCGUUUACUCCUUCCGUUGAUUACCACCAGUUUCCGUCUGGAAUUGACGGCGUUACAGUCGCCGGCACCGUCGAUCAGUCUGCUGACGUAAUUGUAGUUAAAUCUCCGCCGGUAAAGAGAAAACAUGGAGCAGGUUUUAAUGAAGUUUCAUCUAAUGAUUGGGCAAGUAUUGGUUACACUGCUACAAUUGAUAGUCCACUUCGCACUCCUGUAUCUGCAAAAGGUGGAAGAAUAAACGCGCGCUCAAAGGUCACGCCAAGCAACAAACCUGCUCCUCAGACCCCUGUUUCAAAUGCCGGUUCGCCUUCUGCACUUACUCCAAUCGCUGCCUGCCGGUAUGACAGCUCACUAGGUCUUUUGACAAAAAAAUUCAUCGAUCUCAUCAAACACGCUGAAGAUGGUAUUCUUGAUUUGAAUAAUGCUGCUGCAACGUUGGCGGUGCAGAAGAGGCGAAUAUAUGAUAUAACAAAUGUUCUUGAAGGAAUUGGUCUAAUCGAAAAGACUCUCAAAAAUAGAAUCCGAUGGAAAGGUCACGAUGCUUCAAAACCCGGGGAUUUGGAGAAUGACGUUGCUUUGUUGCAGGCAGAAGUUCAAAGACUUUCAGUGGAAGAACAUAGAUUAGAUGAAAGCAUCAGCGAAAUGCAGGAAAGAAUGCGGGAGUUGAGUGAAGAUAACAAUUACCAAAAAUGGCUUUUUGUAACUGAAGAUGAUAUAAAAGGUCUACCAUGCUUCCAGAAUGAAACGUUGAUAGCAAUUAAGGCUCCGCACGGGACUACUCUUGAAGUCCCGGAUCCUGAUGAGGCUGUUGAUUAUCCACAAAGGAGAUACAGGAUAAUUCUUAGAAGCACAAUGGGUCCUAUUGAUGUAUAUCUUGUCAGUCAAUUUGAAGAAAAGUUUGAGGAUGCGGAUGGGGUUGACCAACCUAUGACGAUGGUACCAGUGGCAUCCAGUUCCGGUUCUGACGACAAUCCGGAGGCCCACACUGAACCGCAAUCACAACAUGUUAAUAAUACGAAUUCCGAUCAUAAUUUGCCCCAAGACUCACCUGCGAGGAUUAUGCGAAUAGUCCCGUCAGACGUUGAUAAUGAUGCAGACUAUUGGCUUCUAUCAGAUAGAGAAGUCCCUUUGACCGAUAUCUGGAACACAGAGUUACAAUGGGAUGAUGUUGAUCUGCUUAGUGAAGAAUUCGGGUUAGCAGAAAUGGGGACACCAAGGCCAAGCACACCGCCAUCCGGUCACGCUGAUGCACAUGUAAACGGUGCGCUCAGGUGAGCCAAGGUCAACAACAACCACGAAAAGGGUCGGGUCAACACCAACACCAGUCACCAGAUGACUUGUUUUCAGGUGAAACGGUCCAAAAGGAUACAAGGAGCGUGAAAUCGGGAAUCCAAAGCAGCUGUCAGGUUUUUUGUACAGUAAAUUAAAAUUCCAUUGGAAUAAAACUUGAGUAUGCUUGUUUUUAAGCUCAAUAAAUCCAAGUACCAACAAAUCUUAUACAUUUUAGUGUUGAGUUAAUUGCUUGUUUAGGAUU